AGUAGUUCAGGGAGUAUGGCGGGAGGAUUUGGUGGGGGGUCUCUUCUCAGCUUUGGGGGUGGUGGCAGCAGCAGUUUAGGAUGGGGCAGUGGAUAUGGUGGACUGGGAAGUGGCUUUGGUGGAGGUUCGGUUGCUGGCUUCAGUGGGGUCUUUGGUGCUGGAGGUGAAGGCAACCUUUUAGCGGGCACUGAAAAAGAAACCAUGCAGAAUCUGAAUGACCGCCUAGCUGCCUACCUGGAUAAGGUGCGCUCACUGGAGGAAGCCAAUACUGAGCUGGAUUGCAAAAUCCGUGAAUGGUAUGAGAAAAAUGGACCAGGUGCUGGGGGCUCAGCGGCUGGCAGAGAUUAUAGUAAAUACUAUCCAAUAAUUGAAGAUCUCAAGAACAAGAUAAUCAAUGCAACUAUUGACAAUGCCCGAAUAGUCCUUCAAAUUGACAAUGCAAGACUGGCAGCUGAAGAUUUCAGACUAAAAUUCGAGAAUGAAGCGGCUCUUCGCCAGGCUGUCGAAGCCGACAUUAAUGGCCUGCGUAGGGUACUGGAUGAACUGACUUUGACCAGGGCUGACUUGGAAAUGCAAAUCGAAAGCCUGAAUGAGGAACUGGCAUACCUCAAGAAGAACCACGAAGAAGAACUACAAGGUUUCCAAAGCAAUGCCACUGGUCAAGUCAGUGUAGAAAUGGAUGCAGCUCCAGGGAUUGAUUUGACCAAACUUCUGAAUGAUAUGAGAGGUCAGUAUGAGGCACUUGCUGAACAACAUCGGAAAGAGGCUGAAGCCUGGUUCAAUGAAAAGAGUGGGGAGCUGAAAAGAGAAAUUUCCUCAAACACUGAACAGCUUCAGUCGGGAAAAAGUGAGAUCACAGACCUGAGACGUACUCUACAAAGCCUAGAAAUAGAACUGCAGUCUCAACUUGCUAUGAAAAAAUCUCUUGAAGACACCCUAGCAGAAACGGAAGCAGGCUAUUGUGGCCAGCUCUCACAAAUGCAACUUCAGAUUGGAAACCUGGAAACACAGCUUUUCCAGGUCCGUGCAGACAUGGAACGACAAAGUGCAGAGUACCAGCAGCUCCUGGAUAUCAAGACCCGACUGGAAAUGGAGAUUGAGACUUACCGCAGAUUACUUGAUGGCGAGAUUGGGCAUGUAUGUAUGAACCUCUCAUUUAUGACUAGCAUUUUUUGUGAACCUUCUUUUUCUUCCUGUUUAGAUCCAACCAAAACCAGAAAGAUCAAGACAAUUGUUGAGGAGGUGGUGGAUGGCAAAGUUGUUUCAUCCCAAGUUAAGGAAAUUGAAGAAAAGCUAUAA